AUGGAAGCUCGGGAAUUCCGUGAGGCUGCCAAAGCGGCAAUCGAUGAGAUGACCGACUACACCGAAAAUGUCGCCGAUUACCGCGUCGUCUCGAAUGUCAAACCAGGCUACUUACGCCCUCUGCUACCAUCCUCUCCGCCAACAGACCCCGAACCAUGGUCCGCCAUCCACCAAGACAUCGAGUCCAAGAUCCUCCCGGGCAUUACUCACUGGAGUAGUCCUCGCUUUAUGGCAUUCUUCCCCUGUGCGAGCAGCUAUCCAGCCGCUCUGGCAGAGAUAUAUUCCAAUGCCUUCAACGGGGCACACUUCAACUGGAUCUGUAGUCCUGCUGUUACAGAGCUCGAGACUAUAGUUAUGGACUGGCUGGCCCAGGCGUUGGGCUUGCCUGAGUGUUUUCUCAGUGGAGGGUCGACACAUGGUGGCGGCGUAAUUCAUGGGAGCAUCAGUGAGAGUCUUAUUGUCAACAUGGCUGCUGCGAGAGAUAAGUAUCUCGCUUCUGUGACAGCCCAUCUCCCUCCCGGCAGUGAAGAGAAGGAAGAAGCACUUUGGAAUCUUCGAAGCAGACUGGUGGCCCUUGCAAGCUCUGGCACACACUCGAGCACUAAGAAGGUUGCUCAAGUUCUUGGUGUUCGCUUUGCUACCAUCCCAGUGUCCGAGGCUGAUGGCUUCUCUCUCCGAGGCGAGGCCCUCGCUGCCACUAUUGAGAGUCUUCGAGCCCGUGGUCUUGAACCAUUCUUCCUCACUGCCACCCUUGGCACCACCGAUGUCUGCGCUGUGGAUGAUUUCGAGGGUAUUGCUCAGGCCCUCAAGCCAACCUUUGAUACGCCACGGGACAUCUGGGUUCACAUCGAUGCUGCGUAUGCUGGUGCAGCGCUUGUUCUGGAAGAAUAUCAACACUUGGCCAAGGCCUUUUCGUCAUUCCACUCAAUUAGCUUCAGCCCUCAUAAGUGGUUUCUCACCACAUUCGACUGUACAGCCGUCUGGGUUCGUCAUCGUUCUUGGCUUAUACAGGCUCUGAGUAUCAAGCCUCCUUAUCUGCGAAAUCAAUACAGCGACGACGAGUUAGUCACCGACUAUCGCGACUGGCAGAUUCCUCUAGGGCGGCGGUUUCGCUCCUUGAAACUGUGGUUCGUCAUGCGAAGUUAUGGUAUCAGUGGCCUUCAGAAGCAUAUCCGCAAUGGCGUCGACUUGGCAGAGAGUCUCGAAGACAAGAUAGACUCCCGUCGGGACAUCUUCUCUAUUUUCACGCCAGCUCGGUUCGGUCUUAUUACAAUCCGCAUCAAUGGCGAGUCAGAGCAGCAGAUUAAUGACCGCACUGAGGCAGUAUACGAGGCCAUUAACGCUGCGGGAGAGUUCUACCUCACCGCCACCGUUGUGAAUGACAAGUUUGCCAUUCGUGUAUGUACGAGUGUAACAAAGGUGGAGGAACAACACGUCCAGCGAAUGUUUGAUGUCUUAGUGCAGGCAGCUGAAAAUGAGAUUGCUAAAGGGCAUAAGUGGUUAGAAUGUAACUUAUAA